GCGGCGGCGGGAGGAGGACGGUGGCGAGGAGGAAGAGGAGGGACGCUGGAGACCCCGAACGCCGGCGGGGAGAGAGGGGGCGGCCCCUAGCCUCCAGGUCUGUAACUCCGCAGGAGGCAGACCCGAAAACACACACAUUUUAAAUCUAAAUUAAAAAGAAAAGCGGAAGAAGCUGUGGAAGCAGCAGUCAGAGGAGGAGGGGCUGAGGCCACAGCAGCAGCGGCAGCAGCCCCUGAGCAGCAGCAGGAGUGAGAGAAGAGGACCUCCCUGUCCUGGGCUGCGGCUGCCAGAGGGGACUGAUGGCAGAUUUUGACCGGGGGGCCGCGGGCAGCGGUGGGGGCCUGCCUGCCUCCCCGGGACCUGUCUUUGGAAAGGUAGCCUUUAAAGCAGGAGAUGGAGAAGGAGGAGGAGGUGGCGGAGGUGGUGACGGUGGCGUCAGCUCGGGGAGAGCACGCUAUGACAGCAGCAGUGGGGUUUCCAAUGGAGACUGCACCCUGGGGGUAUUAGGGGAGGACCCCAGGAGCGGGAAGCCCAUCAGCCCUUCUCGAGGAAACCACCCUACCCUGGGGACCCCAGCAAUGGGGCGGGAGAACAAGCCAGGCGGCAUCCCCCGCAGGAGUAGCAUCAUCAAGGAUGGCACCAAGCAGAAAAGAGAACGGAAAAAGACGGUGUCGUUUAGCAGCAUGCCGACAGAGAAGAAGAUCAGCAGUGCCAGUGACUGCAUCAAUUCAAUGGUCGAAGGCUCAGAACUCAAGAAGGUUCGCUCCAACUCUAGAAUUUACCACCGAUAUUUUCUCUUAGACGCUGACAUGCAGUCUCUGCGAUGGGAACCAUCCAAGAAGGACUCCGAGAAAGCCAAGGUUGACAUUAAGUCGAUCAAGGAAGUGAGAACAGGAAAAAAUACAGAUAUUUUCCGCAGCAAUGGAAUUUCUGACCAGAUCUCUGAAGACUGUGCGUUUUCUGUCAUCUAUGGAGAGAAUUAUGAGUCACUCGACUUAGUGGCCAACUCUGCUGACGUGGCCAACAUCUGGGUCACGGGGCUGCGAUACCUCAUCUCUUAUGGAAAGCAUACGCUUGACAUGAUCGAGAGCAGUCAAGACAACAUGCGGACUUCUUGGGUUUCACAGUUGUUUAGUGAAGUCGAUGUAGAUAAUUUUGGACACAUGUUUCUGUGCACUGCUGUGCAGUGCAUCAAAAACCUUAACCCUGGCUUAAAAACAAGCAAAAUUGAGCUGAAGUUCAAAGAACUGCAUAAGUCCAAGGACAAAACGGGCACUGAAGUGACGAAGGAAGAAUUUGCUGAGGUUUUCCACGAGCUCUGUACCCGGCCCGAAAUUUAUUUCCUUUUAGUCCAGUUUUCGAGCAAUAAAGAAUUCCUUGAUACUAAGGACCUCAUGAUGUUUUUAGAGGCAGAGCAAGGUGUGGCCCACAUCGAUGAAGAAGUCAGCCUGGAGAUCAUUCACAAAUACGAGCCAUCCAAAGAGGGCCAGGAACGGGGCUGGCUCUCCAUCGAUGGCUUCACUAACUACCUUAUGUCCCCUGACUGCUACAUUUUCGAUCCAGAGCACAAGCAGGUUUGUCAGGACAUGAAGCAACCUUUGUCCCAUUACUUUAUAAACUCAUCUCAUAAUACCUACCUGAUAGAAGACCAGUUCCGAGGCCCGUCGGAUAUCACAGGGUACAUUCGAGCUCUGAAAAUGGGCUGUCGGAGUGUUGAAUUAGAUGUGUGGGAUGGGCCAGAUAAUGAGCCUGUAAUUUAUACAGGCCACACCAUGACCUCGCAGAUAGUCUUCCGAAGCGUCAUUGAUAUCAUUAACAAGUAUGCAUUCUUUGCUUCAGGAUACCCUCUUAUUCUGUGUCUAGAAAACCACUGUUCCAUCAAACAGCAAAAGGUAAUGGUCCAACACAUGAAGAAAAUUUUGGGAGACAAACUCUAUACGACGUCACCCAACGAGGAAGAAUCCUAUCUGCCAUCUCCCGACGUCCUAAAAGGGAAAAUACUCAUUAAGGCAAAAAAACUUUCCACCAGUUGCCCUGGGUUAGAGGGAGACGUUACUGAUGAAGAUGAAGGAGCAGAGAUGUCUCAGAGAAUAGGGAAAGAAAAUGUGGAGCAGGCUAAUGUGGUGCCUGUAAAACGAUUUCAGCUUUGCAAAGAACUCUCUGAGUUGGUGAGCAUCUGCAAAUCGGUUCAGUUUAAAGAGUUCCAAGUGUCCUUUCAGGCUCAGAAGUACUGGGAGGUUUGCUCCUUUAACGAAGUGCUCGCUAGCAAAUACGCCAAUGAGAAUCCAGGGGAUUUUGUCAAUUACAACAAACGUUUUCUUGCCAGAGUCUUUCCGAGUCCCAUGAGGAUUGAUUCUAGCAACAUGAACCCUCAGGACUUUUGGAAGUGUGGCUGUCAAAUCGUUGCCAUGAACUUUCAGACUCCCGGUUUGAUGAUGGACCUGAACAUUGGCUGGUUUCGACAGAACGGGAACUGUGGCUAUGUCUUGCGGCCAGCCAUCAUGAGGGAAGAGGUCUCCUUCUUUAGCGCAAACACAAAAGAUUCUGUUCCUGGGGUGUCCCCGCAGCUCCUCCACAUCAAAAUCAUCAGCGGGCAGAACUUCCCCAAGCCCAAAGGCUCAGGUGCCAAAGGGGAUGUGGUGGAUCCUUACGUCUACGUGGAGAUCCAUGGAAUCCCCGCAGACUGUGCCGAACAAAGGACAAAAACUGUCAACCAGAACGGAGACACUCCCAUUUUUGAUGAAAGUUUUGAAUUUCAGAUCAACCUCCCAGAACUGGCCAUGGUGCGCUUUGUAGUAUUGGAUGAUGAUUAUAUUGGGGAUGAAUUUAUUGGGCAGUACACGAUUCCCUUUGAGUGUUUACAGACUGGCUACCGGCAUGUUCCUCUGCAGUCUUUAACUGGGGAGGUAUUGCCUCAUGCAUCUUUAUUUGUUCAUGUGGCUAUUACUAACAGGAGGGGAGGAGGGAAGCCGCACAAGAGGGGACUUUCUGUAAGGAAAGGGAAAAAAUCCAGGGAAUAUGCCUCUUUGAGAACCUUAUGGAUUAAAACAGUAGAUGAAGUGUUCAAGAGUGCCCAGCCGCCUAUACGGGAUGCCACAGAUUUGAGAGAGAACAUGCAGAAUGCAGUGGUUUCAUUCAAAGAAUUAUGCGGACUUUCUUCUGUAGCAAACCUCAUGCAGUGCAUUCUGGCCGUGUCGACACGCCUACUUGGACCGGACAACACGCCCUUGGUGGUGCUGAAUCUCAAUGAUCAGUACCCCACAAUGGAGUUGCAAGGGAUAGUGCCGGAGGUUUUGAAAAAGAUUGUCACCACGUACGACAUGAUGAUUCAGACCAUCAAGACUUUAAUUGAAAAUGCUGAUUCCGUCUACGAGAAGAUCGUACAGUGUCAGAAGACGGCCAUGGAGUACCAUGAACACUUGCACACCAUUGGGGCAAGGGAAGGCUUGAAGGAGAGGAAACUUCAGAAAGCAGUGGAGAGCUUCACCUGGAACAUCACCAUCCUCAAGGGACAGGCUGAUCUUCUGAAAUAUGCUAAAAAUGAGACAUUGGAGAACCUGAAACAAAUCCAUUAUGCCGCUCUCUCCUGUGGACUGAAUAAACCAGGCACUGAAAACUCGGACUCAGCCCCCAAGACGAGGAGGAGCCUGGAGGUCAUCCCGGAAAAAGCCAACGAUGAGAACGGAGAAUGAUGGAGCUCUCGCCUAGUCAUUAUGGAGUUUAUAACUCUAGGACCAACUGUAGGCACACGGGACAGACACUGGCUUUGCACUCACUAAUGAAAAUUCUAUUUGGAAUCUUAAAGCACAACUGGAAUAGUUCGUUGCAGUCUAUUACAACUGUGAAUGUACGUAGCAAUUCUGCUUGUGAAGGCGAAUAAAUUGUUUCAAAAGAAAUUAUGUUACUGGCCAAAAUAUACUAUAUUUGUGUAACAGAUGUCAUAAUUCAGUAACAGUGCAAAGAACAGAUCAUUCAUCGUAGUUCCAUUGAGAAACAAACUCGUUUUUCUUGAACAAAAGCAAUUACAGUUGGCGCGGCUUGACAAAUGGUGUUAGGGGCGGGGGGAUUUAGAACCGACCCAUUUUUCUGGAUGUGUGAUUUUCUGCUGAUCUGAGGUAUUAGGGUGACAAAUGAUUUGGGGGGGGUAUGCUUGCUGAGCCAUAAUUAAAAAGGAGAAUGUAAUCAGACGGUGCUCCCUGAAGUCUCGGGGCACUCUGGGAGAGCCCGUGGGGUACAAGGAAGAAGAGCGAGCAAUCGGUCCUCGGGCCCCCGUCUCCAGAUGCGCGUGAUUUCUGCCAGAGCGUUUCUGCAAACUUGUCUAUUGAAUGUACGAGCGACCAAACUGCAGCAACACAUUGUAAAUAGUUUUUCAUUGUGUGAAGUGAUGUGUUCACAUUAAAAAACAAAGUUUUAUGAUAUUUCUCCCACACCAGUAAAAGCUUUUAACUAAA